AUGCCGAUGGUGCACGCUGCGACAGCGAGCGGCGCUGGCGCGCUGCCGCCGACCGUCGCCAGAGCAUUCGCCGCUUUCUUCAGCUUCUGGCAGUCCGCCGUGUCGAGCGAGCGCUUCGCGCAGCGCGGCCGCUCGGCCUCGGUCGAUGACAGCGGCGCGGGGGGCGGCGGCGGCGGCGGCGGCGGCGGCGGGAAUUCGGCGGCGGCGGCGCCGUCGGACGCUGCUGCGCUGGCGGCGGAGGCAGCUCGCCGACGGCGCUCGGCGGACGCGGUCGCGUCGUACACCUGCUCCGCCGGAUCUGGUGCCUCGGCCGAAGCACCCACGACGCCGAUCCACGCGUCGGAGAGGCCCGCCGCCUGCCUACCUCCGGCCCGUACUUGGACAUCCACGCGCAAGACCGACGCCGGAAGGGCAGCAGCGCCCUCUCGCAAGGCGCGCAAGGAUCCGGCAGCUCCCAACGCCGAGGACCCGCCGGCCGCGGCCGCGGCACGCCCUGCGCCGUCGGCCAGCCAGCGCGCGUCCUACCUCCAGGCGCGCGAGGCAAAGCUCAAGGCGUGCCGCUUCAACCUCUCCGCCCUCCCCGCCGGCAAGCGCGUGCACGACACCUCGCGAACCAUCAAGAAGCCGACGCCGGCGUGGGCGGGCUUCUGGCCUCCGCUGCGCGAGUUGAUGCAAAACACGAUCGAUCACCUCGACCUGGCGCCGCGCGGCCGGCUGAACCCGGCACUGUCGCUGCGCGUCGAGCGGCCGGCCGGCCAGCGCGGCACCCUCGCCUCCAUCGCCUUUCGUUGCGGCGACGAGCCGGUCUGCGCCAUCGAGGUGGAGGAGGACGAGCUGCGGAUCCUGCAGCACUACACCUUCCCGCUGCACCCGCGUGCGCUCGAGACGGGCGUGCCAGACGCUGGCAAGGGCGGCGACGCGACCGCGGGCGGCUUUGGCGACGGCUUCAAGACGGCGGCGGCGGCGCUGCUCGGCCAGCCCGCCUGCCGCACCAUACGCUGGACCUUUGAGACGGCAGAGGGGCGCACCGUGCGCUGGGACUUUGUCGGCGCCGAGCGGGCCGCGGUCGGCAACUUUCGCGCGUCGCGGGUGCUUGAGGUGCACGUCACUGCCGACGCCGCGCCGGCCGGCGCGGCGUCGCGCGCGGGCGGCGCGGCCUACGUGAUGAGGCAGCGCGUCCGCGUCGGCGGCAUCGGCCGCGCGUUCCUCGCCGAGGCGGCGCCGCGGCUGCAGGUCUUCUGGUCGCUGCCCGACGCGGUGCUGCUCGGCAACGGCCGGCAGGGCGACUUCCUCGCCGACGCGGCGGCGGCGCCGCCAAUCUUUGACGGAUCCUCCGCCCCCCCCUCCUCCGCCUCCGCCUCCUCCUCCGCCUCCGCCUCCUCCGCCUCCGCCUCCGCCGCCUCCUCCGCCUCCUCCGCCUCCGCCGCCGCCGCCGCCGCCGCCUCCGCCGCGCCGCCCGCCGCCCGCCCCGUGGCCGGCGUGUACGUGCGCGGGAUCUGGGUGCGCAAGCCGCUCAUCGAGGGCGCCAUCAUGGCCUUCUGGUCCAAGCUCAACGUCUCCUCGCGCGACCGCAACGACGUCGACGCCGAGGAGUGCGCCGACGCGACGCUCGCGGUGCUGCGCGACGCGGCGCGGUCCGAGGCGGGCAAGGCGGCGCUGCGCCGCCUGCUCGCGCCGCUGCAGGGCAAGAAGGCCGGCUCCUCGGCCUCGGGCGGCGGCUCGUGGCUGCUCCGGACGCCGCGCUUCACCAACCGGCUGCUCGAGGCGCACCGGCCCUUCUUCCUCGGCGCGCUCGGCAUGCCGGCGGGCGCGCUCUUCGUCUCGAGGCGGACGACCGAGAGCGGCGACCCGUUCCUCAAGUGGGCGGCGGCCUUCCUCGCUAGCGACCCGUUCCUCAAGUGGGCGGCGGCCUUCCUCGCGCGGCGGGGCGCGCCGCUGCUGCCCCUCGAGCCGGGCGCGUCCAAGGCGCUCUUCAGCGAGGCGUCGGAGGACGAGCUGCAGGAGCGGUGCGUCAAGGAGCUGCUCGCCGAGCUCAAGAAGGCGCCCGCCGCAAGGACGGACGCGCAGCAGGCCGCCGCCAAGCUGCUCGCCUUUGUCGGCGCCGAGUCGCGGUCGCUGCGCCUCCACUUCUCCGCCCUCGUCGCCGUCCCGUUUGCGCACGGCGCGCACGUCUUCAUGCCCGCCACGGCGCUCGACCGCGGGCUCCUCCUCCGCCUGCUCGCGACGCUGCAGAAGCGGCUCGGCCGCUUCGACGACAAGUGCGUGCACGCCACGCAGGCCUUCUUCGAGACGCUGCCCGCGCACGGCGGCCUCUCCCUCCCGCAGCUCGACGCCGCGCUCAGCCGGGCGAAGCAGGUUGGCGUCGAGAGCCGCGCCUUCGAGAGGCGUCUCGAGGUGGGCGGCGGAGGAGGCGCGGCGGCGGCGCCCGCGGCGCCCGCGGCGGCGGCGCCCGCGGCCGCAGGGCCGAGCGGGGGCGGCGGGCAGCCUCCUCCCGUCAUCUCGCUCGACGACGACGGCGCGGCGGGCGGCGCGGCGGACAGGCGCGGCGGCGGCGGGACGGCGGGCGGAGAGGAGUCGCGCCGCGCCCUCGAGAGGCAGAUCGCGGCGGCGGCGAGGCAGCGGCAGACCCUCCGGGCGGGGCACAUCCUUCCGGCCGCCGCCUUUGCAGACGAGGCGAACGAGUCGGAGGAGAAGUGCCUGCGCGGCCACGACGCCCUCAAGGCGGUGGCGGCGCACGACUCCGUCGGCGGCGGCGAGGUGUACUCCGAUGUGGCCUCCGCCGCGCACCUGGCCGCCGGCACCCUUCCCAAGGCGGCGCAGCUAAAGGCGCUCCGCGCGCACCUCGAGCAGGCCAAGCGCACGCUCGCCGCUGCGCUCCCGUCGCUCGGCUCGCUGCUCGAAGGGAUGGUCAAGGCGGGCUUCGACGUGGGUGGUGCCUACCUCGGCUUCUGCUCCGAGCGCGCCAUCGUCGUGAACCUCGCGCCGCUGCUGCGCCGCUGGAACGAGGCGGGCUCGCCCGUGGAGCUGCUCCUCACCCUCGCUCACGAGGCGGCGCACCUCCUCAGCGAGGGCGGCGCGCACGACAGCGCGUGGCGGCAGACCUACGACGAGCUCAUCCAGGCCGCCAUCGUCGCCGGAGUCGGCCCGGCGCCCGGCGCAUUCGCUGGCGUCGGGCGGAGGGCCUGA